AUGGGAGCCCACGCUUCCAAACACCCAGAUUGGACUCCUCCAGGCGACAAGACUUCCAUGAAGCCUUUCCGCCCUAGAGAGGACUCCGAUACCCCUCUACAAUUUGUUCUCUUAAAUUGGAAAGAACUGAGAGGAAGGAAGGGACUUUCAAAGUCUAAACUGAGGGACCUCUGCAACAUCUCGUGGGUCGCUUACACCCACCACCUGGAGCCGGCCUCUCAAUGGCCACCUCACGGUUCCUUUAAUCUUGUGAAAAUGCAGGCACUUAAAUCUUAUCUAGCCGAUGAGAAGCCCCGACAACUGUACUACCUCAAUGCCUUCGUUGAAGUCCGUGAAUUGUUCCAACAGCAACAAGCCCAAAUUGUUCGACAAAUGGCUGUUUUAAAAACAACCAGACCUCCCCCAUAUGAUGAAAUUAGAGCCCAAGAGGAGCAAUUAGAUAGGACCCUCGUCCCUUUCUAUUACCCCGAACCACGAGCCCCCCGACCGCUAGGAUCUGGGGCAGGAGACAGGACAGGAGCCGGUGGGGGGCGGGACUUGGGGAAGACGUAUCAAAUCCACCCGCCGCUACCCCUUCCCAAAGCUCAUCAAUUGCAUCGCCGCUCAACCCUCCCCCGAGUGCGUCUAACACUAUAG